AUGGCAAGAGCAGAUGACGAUAUAGUGGACGACUCUUUCAACAUUUUAGACUACAUCAAUUUACCCGAUACCCCACCUGAACAGCUGCCCGACGAGGACGACUUCGCUCAACUUCAACCAAGCCCGGUUGCCCACCAUGUUCCGGACUUAUCAGCUCUCUACGCAUCUCGAGAUUACCAGCAGGGCGAGGAUGAUACAUCAGCGCUGACGACGGCAUGUCUUCAUCAACAGCUAACAGGACCCUCCGAGGCAGAAACUACAGGAAGAUCAAGAAGACUUGACGGCACCUCAACAGAGUCAACACAACCCGCGGGACCGCCUGCUACCAGAUGUCAACCUCCACAGGGUACUAGUAAGCACCGGCCACUAGCUCCCGCGGCUCCUGGCGUUACUUUACGAGGUCUGAGCUCGAAAAGAUAUGCGAGGUUUGUCAACACUGGGCCAGAUGCCAAAGGGCAAGUUCCUCGAGUCGUCGGCAAGCGAGGACGGCUAGACAAGCAGCAGCUCCAAUCAUUCCGCAAGACCCGAGUGUGUGGGCCGGAGGCUCAUUGUACCCGGUGUCGCAAGAAAGCGCUUCCACAGAGUCUCUGCUGCCGAGACAAGGUGAAAGACCUCAAGACAUACUCCGAGAAAGGCCUUGCAGAAGUCUUUUUAGACAGGUACUCUGGAUGCAUUUCCUAUUGGAAGCCGGAGACGCAGCGGAAAGUCAAAAUAUGGCAUGGCUUCGGCGAGCCUCUUCAACUCACGGUCGAGGAGUAUGAGCCUAAGGUGCCGGUGAUUGACCUUUUCUGGAAAAGCCCCACCGGCUGGCAGAACCUCAGCCACACUCGGUAUGGACUCAAAAGGAUGGGUGGCAUGAGUCUCGCAGCCCUCGACGCGUACGUUUACAACCUGAUACCUCUCGUCAUCGAUCGACUGGCACUCUCUGAAACACCAGGAUCUCCGUUCUUCCGCCGCGCCAUGGCUGCGGCCUUCACCUUCCAAAAUAAUUGCAAGAACGCAAAGAUUGCCGGAUUGCUCCGGAACUGCCUCCAAUUGUGGGCUCAUGCUUUUCUCCAGUACCAUGGUCUGUGGCAUGUGGCGCCCGAAGGGAAAGAUAACGACGGUUUCCAGGACAAGUUGGGGAUGACCCAAUUAGUGCUGCACUCCCACGACGUCAAGACACUCACGCCGUUUCAUGGCACUAUCCCACUGCCGCGACUUUUGCACCAGCAAAUUCACACCUGCGCCGAAAACAGUAUGAAAUUGCUGGAUGGCUUCAUCGUUGAAGGCCUGGAUUCCGCCUUUGAGGAUUUUCGCUCGACGACCGAAGGUGAGGAACCCGACGAGACAGCAUUAGGUCUCUACUUAGCUACUUUCGUGUACUUGUCCGUUCUAGAGGAGGUCGCGUGGGAUGCAGGAAGAUGGGAGGCUUUACUAGAAGCAUUUGCUUGGCCACUUGAGAGGAAACCAGACUACAAUCGAAGCUACAGUGCCCACGCCGCACGAGUAGUCAGCGCUCAUCUCCACGCGGCGUUUCGUAACCGGAGCAUCUGGCAAAUCUUGGGCGCGGCCGAGCCGCCUACUCAAGGAAACCGCUUGACCAAGUCACCAACUCUCAAUGUCAGAGGAGAGCGUCAUUCGUUAGAUUACCUGCAACUCAACGGUGAGGAUCUUGGAUCAAAGCGCACAGCUACUUUUGACAAUGAAGAUAUCGCUAGUCUCGAACUUCACUACAGCGCUUUGAUUCUCGAGCCAACGAAACAGGAGUCAAAAUGA